CAGUGACUGGAUCGACCAGUCUGCCCUCCCUCUCUUCCGACGCAUCUUCACACCGCCCAACGCUCGCAUACAUAUUGCUUGUCUGCCCCCUUGUCUUUGCCCAGACAGCCAUAGACAGCCUUGCACACUCUUCAACACACGCACACGGCAAGACAAGAGAUCAGCGGCAACACAAUGGCGAGGACAGACAAGAACCCGUUCCGCCAAGGCUCGAGCGAGCAGCCGACGCGGGCGUCGACCGAGUCGUUUGAGCACAUCCCUGCCCCGGGCCAGCGCGGUGGCUCUGGCUCUGGUGCGCCGACGCCCGGCACUGCGACGCCCGCGACCAACGACAGCAACAAGAAGGCGCGCCUCAUCUACGCCAAGUCGCACGUCGCUAUCCACCCGACGCAGCUGAAGCGCGACAACAUCUCGGGCAUGCUCGGCCUCGUCGAGGUGGACCGCGACGUGCCCCGCAACCCUGGCGACACGUCCGACCACGGCGCGCGCGCCCGCUCAGCGACAGCCAAGGAGAUCCUCGUCGUUUGGGUCCCCGACGAGCUGUUCAUGCGCAUGUCGAGCGAGGACCAGCAGAGUUAUCUGCUCGUUGAGGGCCGCCCGACCGGCACGCCGACCGAGGAAGACGGCUACGUGUUUGUUUCGGUCCCCGCGCCGAGGGGAGAGAAAUAUGCCUUCUCCAUCCCGGUCACCAACAUCUACAGCAUCUUAGUCUAUCCUCCCAGCCUGUCACAUUGGUACGGCUCUGCCACUUUCAACCUGCAGGGAGGUGUCUCCCUCCCAACCCUCUUCUUCCACGAUGACCAAACACCUCUGGUGACUACCCCAAGAUCCUCGGACCCUCCCACCCCACCUUGGGGCUUCCCUCCCUUCCUCAACGUCCUCCGUCAACACGCAACCCUCCUCCGCUCCCGCCUCAUCACGGCGAGCAACAACCGCGGAGGCGAGCUUUGGCUCAUCAACCCCAGCCGCGCAGACCGCGAAGUUCACGAGGCAGGCUACGAGGAACCCCGCCGGUCUGGUACUGAAGAGGAGCAGCAGCAAAACUACCCACCGCACCUGCAGUACCCAAGUCUCGUUGCUGCUGUCGGCACCGCUUCGCCGCGCGAGUCACUCCUUGUCGGUUUGUCGAGCAUCACCAACAUCGCAAGGCACACUGCCCAGAAUGUUCUCAACCACCCGUUAGCCAAGCCUGUCGUGCCUCAUCUUCCUCCGGCCUUCCGCAGCCUGGUGAACGCGCCGGGAGAGUGGGAGAACUCGUCCCGCCUCACUCCCAAGCUUGGCUCCCAGAGAGCCCCCGACGUUGCCAGCGAGUUUGAGUCGGCCAGACUGUACCUCGCUCGUUGGGCUCGCGUUGUUGCCGAGGAGGGCGAGAAGUCGCGCCGCGAUGAGCUGGCAGCGCAGGCCGGCCGGCCGGGCUCGGAGAGCGGCACCGACGAGACUUCUCUGGGGAUCUUCUCGGUGAUUCCCCACGCCUCGAGGGGUCCAGCUCCCAAGACCACCAGGACUCCCAACCACCCGAUCACGGCCGCCGACUGGGCCGAGUUCAUCGAGGAGGGCAGGGACGAGCUCUUCGUCCGUCGCGAGAUCUUCCGCCGAGGGUUCACCGACAGUCCCGAGCCCGAGCAGCAGGCUACGCGCCGUGAGGGCUGGGAGGUGCUGCUCGGUGUUGUGCCCUGGGACGUUGGAGGUAUCACCACGGGCCCUGGAGCCCGCGACCACCGCGAAGCCGCGCGUGAGACUCUUCUCCAGGACAAGAGGAUCGAGUAUGUCACCCUGCUUUCGGGCUGGAGGGAGAAGACCAACAGUGGCGAGGCGCCCGAGGCAUGGCGCGAGGAGUGGCACCGAAUUGACGUCGACUGCCGACGUACAGAUCGCCAACAGCCCCUCUACUCAGUUACGCCCGAGGUUGCUCAGGCUGGAAACGAGGAGAAGGAGGGAGGUGGCGCCGGCUCUGACAUCUGGGGCGAGCACGACAAGGAGGAGGAGGGCGGACAUGCGUCCUUGAAUCCCCACAUCGCGGCUCUCCGCUCUGUGCUCAUGACGUAUCAUGUCUACUCUCCCGAGCUCGGAUAUGUCCAAGGCAUGUCCGACCUCCUUAGCCCCAUCUACUACGUGUUUGACGCCAACGAGGCCGACGCCUUCUGGGGCUUGGUCGGCGUGAUGAAGAUGAUGGAAUCGCACUUCCUCCGCGACCAGAGUGGCAUGCGAAGGCAGCUCAGCACUCUCCAGCAGCUUGUCCAGCUCAUGGACCCUGAGCUCUACGCUCAUCUGGAACAGACGGAAGCGCUCAACCUCUUCUUCGUCUUCCGCUGGAUUCUCAUCUCGUUCAAGCGCGAGUUCAAGUUUGAGAACGUCAUCAAGCUGUGGGAGGUUCUGUGGACCAACUACUACUCGACCAACUUUGUGCUUUUCAUCACGCUGGCUGUGCUCCACAGCCACCGCGACGUCAUCUUGCGCUACCUCACCGAGUUUGACGAGGUGCUCAAGUAUGCCAAUGAUUUGAGUGGAACCAUCGACCUCGACACGACCCUUGCCCAAGCCGAGGUGCUCUUCCUCAGCUUCCGCUCGAUCGUCGAGGAGAUUGACCAGGAGGCUGGUGAGGGCGGUCACAGCGAGCUUCGCAACCGGCACGGUAAUGAAUCUUCGGAGGCUGGGCCGUCAGCGUCGUCCUCGACGGCGGUGGAGGCACGACCUGCACGCCGAACCAUCAGCCCCGAGCUGCGCGAGUUGCUUGUCUCGUGGCAGCCAACACCCGCAGCUGUCCCAGAAGACAACGGCCCACCCUCGCCCGCAUCUCUGCUCUAGACACACGUGCUUGCUGCUGCCUCCGCUGUUGUAACUGUACUGUAUGCUACUAGAUCCAUUCCGUUGGUA